GACAAAACCUUUUACAGUGCUUGAGUAUUGUUUUCUUUUACUGCAUGUGAUAAUUCAUAUUAAGACAGUGACUUGCUAACAUACUGCUAAGCUGAACUGACAGACCCAGUGAAGCAAUGAAUUAAUCGUUUCUGUUUCUCAUUAUUUGACCUUGCAUUGCAGUUUUUUUCUUAUUCUAAAUAUGAUAAAUGUCGCUUAAGUUGAUGUGUUAGGGAAUUUGGCUAUUAUCAUGUAACAUUUUAAUUAUAUUCUGCUGAAAUGAACGAAAUGAUUUGAAAAAAAAAAAAAAGAUUCGUUCGUUUUAAUGAACGAGAUUCAAAGAUCCGAGUCAGUAAAAUGAUGCGAACUUCCCAUCACGGGCGUGGCUUCUGACGUCUCACCGCAGGCUGCAGCGAGCCCCCUCUCCUCUGUCUGCUCUCUGCUCUCAUGCUAGCGACACAGAAAGAACCUUCUGAACAAAAUGGAACAAACAGGUGUAAGCACAGAACAAAGAGAAGGCCAUGAAAGAGAGAAGGACGAGGUGAAGAAGAUCUGCACAGAAACACAUGAUUCAGUUCAGAGGGAUGAUGAAAAAGAAGGAGCAGGAGGAGCAGAUCAACACCUACAGCAGGAAGAGAAUGAAAGAGAACAAAUAAAGCAUCUAUUUCACAGACUUCAUCUUGAUGGCAGGCGCCACAAUAAACUGAGAGCUGCAGAUGUUCUUCAGAUAACUGAACAUUCACUGUCCCAUGAAUCUUGUGCUGAAGAGGAGCUGGUUCACACUUUCCUACAAAAACUACUGAUGAUGGACUACAGAGCAAGAUACAUCAACGUUAAAGAUACCAAUGAACAGGAUCAGAUACAACAAAGAGAUACUGUCUCAUCUGAAAAUGAAGAUGAUAUUUUUGAUUAUGUUUCCUCUUUGUCAAACAAAGGAACAAGCCAAUCGGACCAUGUUCACCCGAUGGAUGUUCAGAUGGCUGUGUUUCAUUGUGCUGAUGGUUCCCUGAAGCAGCUGAUGGUCACUAAACUGUCCCAGUGUCAGUACGCUCUGCCUCUGCUUGUUCCUGAUCCAUUCACACAACAGAUUGAGUUUCCUCUCUGGACAUUCAGACAAAUCAACAAGAGCUGGAAGAUGAGAAACAACGACAAUGAGAUCAUCAGUCAAACCCAGCCAAUCUACAAGGCAGAAACUCCAAUGGUGUUUUUCUUCAGGUUUGGCUCUGUGUCCUCAUCCAAGUCUCAGCUGAUGAACAGUGUGAUCAAUGAGAAACACAACACGUUCUUCCACAGGAACUGCCCAGGCAGCAGCAGAACCAGAGUCCUGAUGGAUGGAGUGGUGGAGAUCGCCUGGUUCUGCCCCUCUGGGAAAAACACAGAUAAAUUCACUGACUGUGUUGCGUUCUGUAAUCUACACGGUGAUGCAGGAGACCAUGAGAAACAGCUGCAGAUCCUCACUGAAAUGGCCUCAGUCAAUGUUGUUCUUCUUCCACGAAUGGACAGAAAUGACAGAAAUGCCACUAAGAUGCAAAACCUGUUUAAAAUCAGAAAGCCACUUAUUUGUCUUUUUACUGAAGAUGAAUCUUCUGUAAUUGAGAUGAAGAAAGAGAAAUUCAAAAUAGGUUUGAAAGACAGAAAUCAGUCAGAAGUAUCUGAAGAACUCAGAAGAAAUAUAAACAAUUGUCUCUCAAAAUCAUCUUUGACUUUCAGACUUUCAGAAGAUGUGUCCAAACACUUAGACAUCAGAGUAGAUGAGGAAGAUGAUGAAGACUGCAGGAGAGGAAGAGAAGCAGCACAGCAGAUGAUGAGUUUACUGGAGAAGAAAAAUCUGACAGAAAUCAAAGAAUCAUUUCUGCCUCAUCAGGGGAAACUGUGGCAUCAGUGGAGUCAGAAGAACAAAGAACUACACCGACCUCGAGCAGAUGAGACAAAAAUGGACAUCAGUAGAAAACAAACAGAGAUGAAGAAAAUCCGCAAACAGCAGCAUAAAUAUGACAUCAGUGAGUUUAUGAAGCUCUUUAAUUAUCAUCUGUUCUCACAAACUGAAAAUGAAAAGAUGUUUUUCCUUAAAUGGCUCCAAGUCUUCUUGGAUGAAUACACCUCAACUGACCUUUCUGCUCUACAUCAUAAGUAUGAUGAAAAGUGGUCAACAGUAGUAAAAGUGAAAAAGAACAACGGUAAACCUGAACAACUCAAAGCUGAACAAGCAGAACUUAAGAGAAUAACUAAGGAACUUGAAGCUGCAACCUUUGGUUUGGAGCACAUCAUGAGGGAGGUUGGCCAAAUCUAUGAAUCAUGUUCAUCUGUGCAGAGGAACAAGAAAGACCUGCAGUUUGACUUCUCUUCUCUCCCGAGUCUUGCAGCAGAGAUGAUGAUCUCUGGAUUUCCACUGGAGCUGAUGGAUGGAGAUGCUGCUCAUGUUCCUGUGAUCUGGAUCUCUGCUGUUCUAGAUGAUCUCAUCCAGAAACUGGGAGACCAGAGAGUCUUUGUGCUGUCAGUUUUAGGGAUCCAGAGCUCUGGGAAAUCCACCAUGCUGAAUGCCAUGUUUGGACUCCAGUUUGCCGUCAGUGCUGGCAGGUGCACCAGAGGAGCUUUCAUGCAGCUGAUCAGAGUAUCAGACGAGAUGAAAACACAGAUGAACUUUGACUAUAUUCUGGUUGUUGAUACGGAGGGUCUUCGUGCUCUAGAACUGGCUGGAAGGUCAACAAGACACCAUGACAAUGAACUGGCCACAUUUGUUGAAGGACUUGGAAAUCUAACCUUGAUCAACAUCUUUGGAGAAAACCCUUCUGAGAUGCAGGACAUUCUUCAAAUUGUUGUUCAGGCCUUCCUGAGGAUGAAGAAGGUCAGACUGAAUCCCAGCUGUGUGUUUGUGCAUCAGAAUGUUUCAGACGUCACAGCUGGAGAUAAAAACAUGGAGGGAAGGAGACGACUGCAGGAGAAACUGGAUGAGAUGACAAAACUCGCUGCUAAAGAGGAAGUCUACGAAGCAGAAUGUUUCAGUGAUGUCAUUGGAUUUGAUGUUGAUAAUGAUGUGAAGUAUUUCGCUCAGCUCUGGGAGGGCAGCCCACCAAUGGCCCCACCAAACCCAAACUACUGUGACAAUAUUCAAGAACUAAAGGAAUCUAUUAUGUCUCAUGCCUCAAAAUCACAUGGAAUGAUGCUGACACAUAUAAAAGCUCGUGUUAAAGAUCUAUGGGAGGCUUUGCUGAAUGAACGAUUCGUCUUCAGCUUCAGAAAUUCUCUGGAGAUUUCAGCUUACAGGAAACUGCAGACUGAAUACAGCAAGUGGUCCUGGAGCCUUCGCAGUGCCAUGAUGGAAACUGAGAACAAACUACACAACAAAAUAGAGAAUGAAGCAAUUCACGAGGUUAAGGAAACUGAUCUUCAAAGAGAACUGAAGACUACAAGUGAAGAAGUGAAAAAAUCAAUGUCUGAAUUCUUUAAGAAAGACAGUGAUAAAGAUACACUGAUUCAGUGGAAAACAUCUUUUGAAAUCAAAAUCAAAGAGCUUCAGGAGAACAUUGUGAAAGAAACAAAUAGGAAAUUAAAUGAGAUUCUUCAGCAGCGAGACCUGAAGAAUAAGAUUGAUGCGCAGAGGAAACAUCAUGAAAACACUCUCUAUGAAAAGAGCAAACAACUUGCCUUAAAUCUCAAAGACAAAGCAAAUGAUGAUGAAACACUGAAGAAAGAGUUUGAUUUGUUCUGGGAACAGAGUGUGAAGAAGAUCAUCACAGACACUCCUGCAAUCAGAGACAUUGACAUAAUGAGAGAUGUGAGGGAGAUUCUCAGUGACGUCUAUGAAAGUGUUCCUGUAGACCACUGGAAGAGCAGGGAUAUAUUUACUGUGUCGAGUUAUUUAGAUUAUGUACAGGUUAAAAAAUCCAGUGGAUUUAUAGAAAAAGUUAAAGAUUCUGUCAAAAAGGUAUUUGGUCAUGUAUCUAAAGAGGAGGAGGAAGCUCAAAUAAGUUUGUUAGUCACAGAUGUUAAAGAGCAGACAGACACAAUGAUUCAGUCAUUUAACAUUUCAAAGAUGGGCUACAACAAAAGCUUCAUUCAACAGCUCAUAGAUUACAUCAAAGCAAGAGUAACUGAACAUCAGGAUGGACGAGUGAAAUAUGUGUUCAAGAAUGAAUUCUUCAUGGAUUUGGUUCUUUCUGUCUGUAAGAGAGCAAACAAGAUGAUCACUGACCAACACAGACUGUUCAGAGAAGCAAAUGAUCCUGAAAUAUAUGUUAAGAGAAAGAGAGAAGAGUACUAUAGUAUUUUCCAAAAAUACUGUCAUGGAGCAACAUCAGCUGCUAUUUAUGGGGAGAUCAUCUGUCAGAAACUGAAAGAGCCCAUUGAGCAGAGCGUCUACAAGAAGACUGCCAGAGAAUUAGCAAAUGAAAUCAGAUCAAACUGUCCAUCACUGAAUGAAAACAGAUCAAAUAUGGAGAAGCACAUCCUGAAGACACUGGCAGAAGAGGAAGAUUUUGACAAAUACAUGAACUACAUUAAAACUCCCAGAGAUCACUUCAAGAGUUUCAUCAGAGAUGAAGUCAAGCGGUACAUCACUGAUAAGUUCAGUGUCAGUGUUUUACCCAAGAUGAAGGAGAACAUUGAACUCCUGCAGCAGAAGAUCCUGGAAGCAGCACAUGAAUCCACUGAACAUGUUCAAGAGAACAGAGGAGAUGUUGGUUUGUGGUUGAAGAGUUUCACACGGCAGAUUUCAGAUGACCUGAUCUUCUCUGUAAAAGACCUCAGUGGAGUGAAACAUGAUGAUGUUGAUGAUUUCAACCUCCUAGAAGAUGUGAUAAGACAAGAACUUACUGAUAUAAUGUCUGCCAUCAGAUGUGGAUUCAAAAUAAAGACAUUUGCAGUAAAACUGCACAAUAAUUUCAGGCCAGAUGAGUAUCUGAUUGAUCACUUCUGUCAGUGCUGUUGGGUUCGGUGUCCGUUCUGUGGAGCCAUCUGCACCAACACCAUAGAAAACCAUGAUGAAGAUCACAAUGUUCCUUUCCACAGAGUGGAUGGAAUUAAAGGAUGGAAGUACUAUAAAACAGGGAAUCUCAGUGCAGAUUUUUGCACAACUUUAGUGACAAGUAAUACAUUUUUUUGUGUGUCAGGUGAGUGGUUUCCAUGCAAUGAUUACAGAAGAGCAGGAGGAGUUUAUGCAGAUUGGAGCAUCACCCCUGACCUCUCUGAGCUGCCCUACUGGAAGUGGUUUGUGUGCAGAUUCCAGAAAGAUCUGGAAACGCAUUAUAAUAAAACAUUCCAGGGUGAUGGUGAGAUUCCAGAUGAUUGGAGAAAGCACAGAAAAGAAGAUGCUAUUCAGAGUUUGGAACACUUUUAAUAAUUAACUGACAUAUUAACACACUUUUAAUAAUUAAUGAAUAAUUAAUUAUUAAUUAACCACUUUUAACCACUUAAUGGCAGAACAGUCUAAAAUCUAAACAGUUGCUCCUACAUAAAUAGUCUCUACAACAGCAUCUGAAAUCAGUCACUUGUUUACACAUUUUAUUGUCUUAUUUACACCUGCUUUACACCUGAAUUGAAUUUUGUUGCAUCAUUGAUCAUUACCUACCUGUUCCUAUUUUUAUUUUCUCUAUGGUGGAUGGAACAUAGUGCACUCUAGAAGUGAUAGUGAACAGUUCAGACUGUAAAUGUACUUUCCAUUGGGAUGAUUGAAAUCUUGUUUUGCGUCAGUGUUGCGUGAACAACCAUAGCGUACACACAGUGUGCUCCGGUCCCAGGAAACUACAGCACAGAGUGGAUCGCAUCUGCGAGUCAGUGUGGACCACAAAACAUAUCUGACCCAUUUGAAUUCUACACAGAAUUCUGUAUUUUAAAGCGCAUAAAACAUCACAAAUGCUUAGACAGCCUCAAGUUUUUCUACUACAAAUCUUCACCUUUAAAGGGUUACUUCACCCAAAAAUAAAGGUACUAAAAACAUACUUAAAUCAGUUCAUGUGAGUACAGUGGUGAUUCAUUACGCUCCGAAUCUUCCUGAAGCAGUGUUUUGAAAUCGGCCAUCACUAAAUAAGCCAUUAUUUUGUUUUUUUUGGCGCACCAAAAAUAUUCUCGUCACUUUAUAAUAUUAAUAUUGAACCACUCACAUGAACUGAUUUAAAUAUGUUUUUAGUACCUUUAUGGAUCUUGAGAGAGGAAAUGUCAUUGCUCCCUAUGUAGGCCGCACGGAGCCAUCGGAUUUCAACAAAAAUAUCUUAAUUUGUGUUCCGAAGAUCAACGAAGGUCUUAUGGGUGUGGAACGACAUGAGGGUGAGUAAUAAAUGACAGAAUUUUCAUUUUUGGGUGAACUAACCCUUUAAUAAAAAUGAUCACUGUUUAUUUCUGUAGUAAGAAUUUCAUAAAAUGAGGUUAUCACAAGCUGUCAAAUGCAUUUUUUUGUGAUGUAAACAAAAUGCUACUGGCUUCUUUUUUUCUUUUUCUUUUUUUUUUAAAGGGACAAGCUCUUCGAUAUGCCCUGUUCUGACUCCCUGUUUCAUAAGUAAAAGCUUUGAGUAAAACUGUGCUCAUCAAGCAACUUCAUAGUAAUUUUAAGUGGUAAAAACAGCAAAGCAUUUUAUUGAUUUAGCAAAAAUAUUAGGCAAGGCAAGUUUAUUUACGUAGCACAUUUCAUACACAAUGGUAAAAAUAAGUGCUUUACAUAGAAAAGGAGUUAAAAUAAUCAUAAAAUUAUAAAAUAUCAUGCCUGGGAAAUAAAAAUAACAAUCAUAUUUAACUAAAGGCUGCCUGAAUUAAUCUCUAUCUCUAACUGCCUGAAUCACUAAGUUGGGCGCCCCUGUCUGAAUGUAAGAGUCAGAGAGCUUCGGUUCAUGAAACACUCUAGUAGCAACUUCCUGGCUUAUAGUGUCAUUCCUACACCUUCAUGGGAUGGAGUAUCCCCACACAGUCUGCCUCUGAUGGCUUCCAGUGCUACACCCACCUGUGACCUGGUGUCUUACAUUCACAUCUGAGUGUGUAAACCCUCUGUCUCUCUUCCCAAUUCUCUCAACUCUUCCAAUCUGACAGGCCUAACCAAAAUAAAUAAAUAAAUAAAUAAAAACAAGGAUAAUUAAAACAGUUUUAUAAAAAAUAAAUAGAGUAAUAAAGAAAAAAAUAAAAGAAUGGACGAAAAAAAAAAGAAUUAAAAGAGUAAAAAGAUUAUACACAGAUCAAAUAAAUUAAAGUUAAACAUUUAAGCAUCUGUUAUCGAAUACCUAAACCAUUAUCUGCAUCUGCAUUAUACUACUUCUUUAUAUAAGCUUGUUUCCACCAGCUCCAUGUAAACUCACAAUUGCAAAAAAUAAAAUAAAAUAAUAAUAAAUAAAGAAUUGUGAGAUAAAAAGUUGCAAAUACCUUUUUAUUUUAUUCCAUGGUGGAAACAUGGCUUUCUGAAACUCUGCUUGCUUAAUUGUGCAGUUUAUCUGUCUAACAUUUCUGAAUAAUAUAACCACAGUAAGUAACCGUUAUCUGAUUGCUGUCUGUUGAGUCAUCAUUCCUAUUGCAUGUAUAACUCUGAAAUCUCUACAAGUACAGUAAUAAAGUACAUUUCAACUCAAA